UCGUCGCGAGCGUACGCUGCGUAACGCCCAACGAUCCGAGUCUCGGGACGCGUUCCAUAUUUAAAAAUAAAACCCUAGAUUAAAUUUCGAAUACGUUACAAAAACUUACGUUACUGUUUUGCAAGAAAUAAAAGCACCCCGUUUUAAUUUUGUAAGUGACUGAUGCGUUUGUUUUGUUACUUAUAGUGUGUGUUUAAGACUAAAAUGUAAACUUUUUUAAAGAGUGGAUAAGUGUUUCAAGAACUGCUUUCGUUUGAUUUGGCCGUUGGGUCGCAACUUUACGACGUAAUGUAACCCAACUUUCGAAAUAAUGGAGCACCAAUCAUCAGACGAAGAUUUUUAUAGCAUAUGCUUGAACAUGACCUCUGAUGAACUUAGCCUCGGAGCAUGUAACUACAGCAAUGAAUAUGAAAGUGGAGAACUACUAGAGAAAGUCGUGUCCAGGGUUGUACCAAUUUUCUUCGGCUUCAUCGGAAUCGUUGGACUAGUCGGCAAUGCUUUGGUCGUGUUGGUCGUCUCCGCCAACCCUGGCAUGCGAUCGACCACAAAUCUCCUCAUCAUAAAUCUGGCAAUAGCUGAUCUCCUCUUCGUCAUUUUCUGCGUACCUUUCACAGCCACCGACUAUGUAAUGCCAAGAUGGCCGUUCGGUGACUGGUGGUGCAAAGUUGUGCAAUAUUUCAUAGUAGUGACCGCCCACGCGUCAGUAUACACCUUAGUGCUUAUGUCCUUGGACAGAUUCAUGGCUGUGGUACAUCCAAUAACAUCAAUGUCGAUCAGAACAGAGAAGAACGCGUUACUAGCGAUAGCUUGCAUCUGGGUGGUGAUACUAACGACAGCGAUACCUGUAGGAAUAUGGCACGGGGAGAGAGAGUACUCUUACUACCAUAGAAAUCAUUCGUCAUGCGUCUUUCUAGAAGAGCAGGGUUACAGCAAGCUAGGCUUCCAGUUGUCAUUCUUCCUAUCUUCAUACGUCGUGCCGUUGGCGUUGAUUAGUUGUCUGUACAUGUGUAUGUUGAUCCGGCUGUGGAAGAGUGCGCCGGGGGGGAGAGUAUCCGCGGAAAGCAGGAGGGGGAGGAAGAAAGUGACCAGGAUGGUCGUCGUGGUGGUUGUGGUGUUUGCUGUGUGCUGGUGUCCUAUACAGAUAAUCCUGCUAGUAAAAGCGCUGGAUGCGUACAGCAUCAAUUACUUCACCGUGACGGCGCAGAUCGUCUCCCACGUGCUGGCCUACAUGAAUAGCUGCGUCAAUCCGCUGCUAUAUGCUUUCCUAUCGGAGAACUUCAGGGUUGCCUUUAGAAAAGUGAUGUACUGCCCGCCUGCCCACAACGACGGCAUGUGCAACCGGCCGCAGCCCACCAAGACCACCAGGACCGGCAAUGGGAACUCCUGCCAUGACAUUGUCUGAGAUUCGGUGCGCGGGCGUCGCGCCCGGGAAUCCGAACAAGCUACAGUGGUGUAAGCAUAAGUGAACAAGUAAAAACAUUAGUAAACAAGUGUAAACUUAAGUAAACAAGUGUAAACUUAAGUAAACAAGUGUAAGCUAAAGUAAAUAAGUGUUAGUAAAUUAGUAAUAGUGUAAAAAUGUACAAUACUUUUAGAUUAGGUUGAGAAGGUCCUUUUGAAUUUGUUACUUAGGCUAGAUGUGGGUGUGUGUUCAGGAGUCGACAAGGCUGAUGUCCUAAGUAAUUUUCAUGGAAUCACUUUUCAUUAAAAGUAUCACUGCAAAAUAAUAUCAAGUUCUAGGUCUCAUUCCUAUGUGUGUAAGAUAUGGUUUUUAAAAUACUGGACGGAUUGUAUAUAUCUAUUUUUAAUUUUUACAAGAAAAAUGAAUACAAUAUUUAGUACGGACAUAACUAUUAAUUUGUAAUCGUGGACACUUCCUUCUUUUCUAUAAAAAACUGUAUUAAUUUAAGUAAAUUAUGUUAAUCCAUUAGCAUUGAUUGAUAAAAACCAAAAUAAUAGGCAAGCAAUAUCAUUAUAAUAUAUCUGUUGUUUGAUAGACAAAGGGACAAAAAGGAAAUAAAAGCUAACUAAUAUUUACUGGAAAAUACAACAAAUUUGUAUAAAUAGCUAACGACUAUAAUAUUUUAGCUAAAAAGUUUGUUACUCAUACUGGCGUGAAAAGAAGCCAAAAAAUAUAAAAAAUGCGCCACUCGGUGUGUUUUUUACGACCUGUCAAGUCCAAUUUUGCUUAAGAGGGAUACGGGUAGGCAAAGUAACUUGCAAAGUAUAUUGCAAGAGCCUAACUUUAUCUCGGUUUUCAGGAGUAAAUUAUGUUUUUAGAGUUUGGCGUAAGUUGCAUUAUGUAUUUGAUGUAGGUCUGUAGCCUGUACAAUAGGUAUACAAUACAGCAUGUGUUUGUAUACGUUAGGAACCAAAUGUCCUAAUACAUAUUUCUUUUCGUAUUUGUCUUCACGAAAUAUUCACAUUUAAUUUGCUUCGCAUUUAUACAAUGUAAACAGCGGGCGCAGUAUGGUUCCAUUUUUAUCGCCCGUCAUUCUCGCACUUACAUACUUGUUAGAACGUGCCAGGCAUGGUGACAAGCGAUAAAAAUGCGACCGUGCUACCGCCGCAGGUGGCUUUAUCAGAACACUUCAAACGUUUUUUCACUGUUAUCCUUACUAUAAUAAAUGCGAAGUAACUCUGUCUGUCUGUUACCUCUUCACGCUUAAACCGCUGAAACGAUUUAGAUGAAAUUUGGAAUGGAGAUAGUUUGAAGACCAGACAUGGACAUAGGAUAGUUUUUGUCAAUCACCAUCAUCAUUAUCAUUCAAAUUAUUUUUUUAAGUUAUGGUGUGAAAUUCAAUAAGGGCGAAAUAUCAAGAAUAAUAAUUAUCAGGAAUUAAAAAUGUAAACAACACAUUUUAAUCUCUGGAUUGUAAUGUCCCAAUCAUUCCUGCACGUUAAACGGACUGAUGUUGGAGGAUUCAGUGGCUAAAUGGAACCGGAAAAUUCCAUUAAGCUUGAAUACAACGGCAGCGUCAGCGUCAGUACAUUCGUGUCAUAUAUUAGACUGCUGAUCACUGAUUGCACCAAAACAACGUGAAGUAUUACAAGGCGAACAACUCUAAUGAGGUGAUAAAGGGAAAUCUGGAACUAUAGUUUUUAGGUUCUAUUCAAGAAUGUCUUUAAGAUGUCAUGUCUUCGAGUUAGGGUUUUUUUUAUCGUCUUCGUGACUUCUUAUAGUUUCAGAUUUCCUUUUGCAAUUGCCACCCUGUAUAGUUUUAAAAUUUAAGAGGUCCUUCUUAAUAUAUGUGAGUAUGAUGUAAUUAAAAUUAAUAAUGUAUAUAUUGUUAAGGUAGUAAGCAAUGUUUAGGUUAUGUUUCGAAUUUGUAAUACGUAGUCAAUUUACUAGUGAUAGCCUCCUUCUCAUAUUCUUGAGCCCAAUGUGAGAAGGAGCAAACAUUUCUAGUAAAAUGUAUCAUAUCGCUUAUAAAAUAUUUUUAAACAUGUAUUAAGUAGAUGUUUGUGAUCAUUAUUAUUAUGUAUAAAUAUAGUUUAAGCUGUAGAAACAUCGAAAUGUAAUGUUGUUACAUUGGAUAAGUAUGUAAUUGUUAAUAUUAAUUCAAAGAUUUAAUUGUAGUGUCAAAGUCAUAUGAUGACAAAAGGCUUUCGUAGUCAUAGAUUUAGGUAAAUUUGGAGCUGCAAAAUAAAAUAAUGUCUCGUUGUUAUUUUUGUAUAUAGCUACAUUUAUCAUGUGUAUAUGUAAUGUACCAUGCUUUAAUGUUUAAUAAAAAUCAAUGUUUUCACAAA